AUGAGCUACACAGACCCUACAAUUCGGAAGUGGAUAAGUGGAUUCAGACUAGAGGUUGGUAGCAACAACAAACUUUUCAAUGCAGUCAAUAACAGGGUUUCAAUUAAGCCUAAACGACCACGUGGUGAAUUAGUUAAGCUCAACUGCACUGACCACGAUGUUGAUGAAGUUAACAGGGAAAUGACAUUCUGCUGCCUGUUUGCUGUAGGAAACAAUAACAACUUUGGUCUUGGUUCCAAUGGAUCAGGUCAAUCAGUGAUGUUAAAGAAAGAGCUGCAGUAUGACAAUCCAAGCAGCUUUACUUCUGCACAUGAAUAUUCUUUGUCUGUUAUUGUUCGUGACACAGCUUUUCCUUUUUAUCAAACCACAGCCUUUGUGAUUAUUGAAGUGAUACCUGAAGAAGAGCCUUCACUGGUCUUCACCCAGUCACCUUAUGUGUUUAAUAUCUCUGAAGCAUCCGGUGGUGGAACACAAAUUGGUCGAAUACAGGUCAAAGACCAGCACCUUCAUUUAUCCAACCUGACUUUCUCCAUUUCUAGCCCACCAGCCUGCCCGUUUCCCGAUGUGUUCUGGUUGGAUUCACUCAAUGGAAACUUGCAGCUAAUCAUGAGACCAGACUGGCUUCAAAAUGAAGUACUUGAAUGUGUGUUUCAUGUGACAGCCACAUAUCAUGGACCUCAGCAAUUGUACAGCAAUGUUGUUAAAGUCAUUGUGUACAUCCUCCCAGCAAAUGUUAACCCACCAGUCUGUGUUCUAAGCAGUAAUGAAGUGCUGGUGUCUGUUGAUACACCACUUGGAGACACCAUUCUCACAAUGACAUGCACUGACAAAGACUCGGGAUCAAGAUCGAUGCGCUACAUCAUAAAUUCAGGUAAUGUCAACAACCAUUUUUCAUUGUCACCUGCGGCGGGCACUAACAAAACUAAUCUGGUCCUGGUAGAGCCCUUUGUUUAUUCGGAAGGCCUUGACAAAAUCUGGAAAUACAGGCUCAUAGUUUAUAUAAUGGAUGACAACCUGUUGGCAGGGGUUCCAGGGCCAAAAGGCCUUGUACAGACUGGUUCAGUGACAAUCACCCUUGACGUUUACAACCCUCAUUCUACGACUACUCCAUCAACAACACAGAACAGCUUUAUAUACAUGAAGAUGACGAAGAACAGUUACUCUUUGCAUGCCUGGUAUGUUCCCUUUGUGAUUGUGGUUGCCUCUGUUCUGCUGCUUGGCCUUCUGGGCUACUUAAUAAAACAUGCCUGCUGUGACUCAAGCCCUGACGCAAGCAAGGAAUUGCUGUAAGUAUAUGUUUAAAAAGUGCAAUCUCUAUUCUUUUAACAUUCUCAUCUUCGUUAUACCCCAACAGCCCUCUGGAUUGUUAGGGCAAAUAUUGGGAGCUUUCUUCCUUGCCCAUAUUCCUUUGCUAUUUUGGGCCAUGUGGGGAUGCCCAGUGAAUGAUCAUUUUAGUCCAUUCCUU